AUGAAGGCAGCUGGAGCAUGGUUCGUUGCAGCCGCAUCAAUUGCAUCUGUCGCUGCAGAGCCCUCGCGGCCUCGUGGUGUUGGCCCUGAGUGUAAGUUUACCAUUCAUUAUAGCUUUUCCAAGAAGAUGCCCAAAUUGACACCACCUCUUGUUCUUUCCNNAGUUGCAAAGUUCUACAAGGAUGUUGAAUCAUUCACUUGCAUUUCGAAUCCAUCCAUCACGAUUCCUUUCUCCCAGGUCAACGACGACUACUGUGACUGCCCCGAUGGCUCCGACGAGCCUGGCACCUCUGCCUGCUCCUACCUCUCGCCGCUCUCGCCUUCGACCCUUUCGGAUACGACAAACAAGGACCAGAUAAACUCUACGCAAGUCUUGCCUGGGUUCUAUUGCAAGAACAAGGGUCACCAAUCCAGCUACGUCCCUUAUACCAGCGUCAACGACGGCUUCUGCGAUUACGACCUCUGCUGUGACGGUAGCGAAGAGUGGGCUAGUGUCGGCGGUGUCAAGUGCCAGAACAAGUGCGACGAGAUUGGCAAGGAGUGGAGGAAGAAGACCGAGUCGCGCCAGCGUUCUCUCAACAGUGCCAACAGGAAGAGAAAGGAGUACACCAACGAGGCCCAACGCCUGAGAAAAGAGGUCGAGGACAGAAUUAAGACCCUGCAAACCCAACUCACUGCUUCUGAGAUGCACGUCACGGACAUGGAGAAAGAGUUGGCUGAAGUUGAGCGCCGUGAGAAGGGCAAGAUUGUCAAGGGACAGGGCGCCAAGCAGGGCAAGAUGGGUGUGCUUGUUGGUCUUGCAAAACAGCGAACUGAGGAGUUGAGAGAUCACCUCGUUCGUGUUCGUCAGGAGCGUGACACUUCCAAGGAUCGUGUCCAGGAGCUGGAGGCCAUUCUGUCGACCUUCAAGGAGGAGUACAACCCCAACUUCAACGACGAAGGUGUCAAGCGAGCUGUUCGUGCAUGGGAAGACUACGCUGCUCGUGACAAGAGCGGCGAUGACACUUCGGCACACGACAGAGAUCUUAAUGAGAUCACCAAGACCGACAAGGACAAUGGUCUUGACUGGGAGUCGUACCUCGAGGCCGAAGGCGAAGACGUCGAAGUUUGUAAGUCAUGUCUUCUGAUCCCCCUCUCAGCCACCCACUGA